UUUGGGGAACUUUACGGGACGACCCCCGCCUCCCUCCUCGACGGCUUCGUAACUUUUCGGGCAGUGAGCGGCCAUGCGCGARUGCAUCUCCAUCCACGUGGGCCAAGCGGGCGUGCAGAUCGGCAAUGCCUGCUGGGAGCUGUACUGCCUGGAGCACGGCAUCCAGCCCGACGGGCAGAUGCCCAGCGACAAGACCAUCGGCGGGGGGGACGACUCCUUCAACACCUUCUUCAGCGAGACGGGGGCCGGCAAGCACGUGCCCCGGGCCGUGUUCGUGGACCUSGAGCCCACGGUGAUCGACGAGGUGCGCACGGGGACGUACCGGCAGCUCUUCCACCCUGAGCAGCUGAUCACGGGCAAGGAGGAUGCGGCCAACAACUACGCCCGCGGGCACUACACCAUCGGCAAGGAGAUCAUCGACCUGGUCCUUGACCGCAUCCGCAAGCUGGUGAGUGUCCUGUGGGGUCUCAUGGGGUGGGUCCAUCCCUGCGGGGGAUCUGGGGACAAAGGGAAGCUCCAGGUAUCCCAUGGCAGGUUGUUCGUGGACUGGUGCCCCACUGGUUUCAAGGUGGGCAUCAACUACCAGCCGCCCACGGUGGUGCCCGGGGGCGACCUGGCCAAGGUGCAGCGCGCCGUGUGCAUGCUGAGCAACACCACGGCCAUCGCCGAGGCCUGGGCCCGCCUGGACCACAAGUUUGAYCUGAUGUACGCCAAGAGGGCAUUUGUGCACUGGUAYGUGGGGGAGGGCAUGGAGGARGGAGAGUUUUCGGAGGCCCGUGAGGAUAUGGCUGCCCUGGAGAAGGAUUAUGAGGAGGUGGGGGCUGACAGCCUGGAGGGCGAGGAGGACGGGGAGGAAUACUAGUGCCUUGUCUCUUGUGUUCCACUGCGGUGCUGUUCAUUAAAAUGGCUCUUUCCAAUGUCGCCUGG